UCUAUUCGUACCGUGCGCCGCGUGCUUUUAAACUUUUGCGACGCAUCUUACUACCUAACAAUCAUUUCAGCGUGGCCAAUCUUCGAUUCUCUAAAAAUCAUGAUAUAUCAAUUCCAAUAAAUUCAAACCUUGUGGUCUUUAUUGUUCGAAUUUUUCAAAUCUUGUAUAUCGCAUUAGAUCGGCAAUAAAUGUAUAUACCAUACAUGUGGUGUCUUUGUUGCAAAAUUUGUCUCGCCAACUUGCUAUUCGUUUCGCGAGCCACUGACACCCAUCACCAGCCAUACGUCUAACUUUGACAUAUACGAUUCCCGCGGUGUCCAGUACAACCAAUGCAGUCUAUUCAUUUCGAAAGUCUAUUGCGCUAUCGUCGUCGAAAUGUUAAAGGCCACGGAAGCAGAUCACAAUGAAGACCAGAAUACUUCAACCGAGGCCCUUUUACCCUCAUCCGAGGACCUCUUGCCAUCCGCCGCGGGUCGAACCCUUCUACCCAGCCCCAUAGCAAGCGCCGUCAGUCUUGCCGCACGAUCGACGUCCUUUGCCCUCCGCGUCGGUACUUUCAUUGGUGGUUAUGGCUUGGGAGCUGCGAAGUUCACGACGCUUUCUAGUCUAGAGCUAGGCCGCGGUAUCCUAGAGGGAAUAUUGAGUAGGGCAGGAAGAGAUGUGAUGUCAAGAGCUCAGUCCGAGCUAGGUAGAACAGAUGCUGAGUCUAUCUUGGAGAAGAGUUUGGAGAGUCUACAUCAGACAAUGUCCCAAAUUGUAUUUUGGACUGCGACCGGGUUUCAUAUCACUGGAACCACCGUAUCGACAGUGUCCCAGAUCUCUCAACUAUUCUUAUCUGUCCUAGACCAAUUCUUCGGUUCCACAGAUUCCUCCAGAGCUAUCGCAAGCAUUAUAACUUUAAUUCGUCGAGAAUUCCAGAAUCCUGCAACCGGCGUACAAGGAGAAAAGGUUGGGGUGAUGGACCUUCUGCUUGGUCUGUGUGGUCUUGCAUAUCUACAGAAUUGGUGUAGAAAAAUGAUACAAGAUGAAGCUCGCCGUCUUUGUCAAGAAGAGAUUAUAUGGGACGUUGUCGUUCUUAACGGCGAACGGGUGGAUGUCGAUAAUGAAGAUCCGCAUAAUGCGGGUGGUGAGCAACAAGAAAACAAAUCGGAUAACCAAAGCCAGUUUAUCGAAGCGAUCGAGCAGCACGGUGCCAGAUGGAAUAGUAGUGACGAGGAUGAAUUACCUGAAGCCCAACUUAAACGACAUAUUAUGAAGUCUCUUCCCAAAGAUACUCAAGUCUCCAUAACGACAUCAACUACCACGACCAAGACCGUUACAGUUGAUAUUAGGGGUACACCGUUGAUGCCGAUCUUAUCACUCCCAGGCAUUGAUUUUGUGAAGAGUGAAAUUAACGAUUCGGAAGACAACACACCGGAAGGUCAAGAAGGCCCGAAUUACAGAGUCGUGUAUAAGAUUAGUCGAAAUAAAGUGAGAAGGACUGCCAUUAAUAGCGACGGCGAGGAAGAUACCCAAUCCCGAGUCGAAGCGGUUGAAGAUGAUGAGCCGCAUUCGCCAACUGGCUUGGACGCUCGGCAUGUUGAUCAGCCUCCACCUGUUCCACCAAAAGCUGCACGUCCAACAUUCGCUUCGUCCGCCAAGGGAAAGGGAAAUGCUGCAAACGAUUCUUCGACUCAUCAAAUGAGGCCUAUAUCGAACGGUGCUGCCGGAUCCGGUUUGAAUUACUCCAAGGAUCGAACAUCUCCAACAUCUUCUCCUAAGCAAAUAUCAGAACAUGCUGCAAACCAAAAGCGUACCAGAAAGCCAUUGGAAGAGUCGCGACACAACACUCGAAGCCCUAUCCCCGGUCCUGUUUCGCCUACUAGUAAUAGGCCUACUGCUAGAAAACUUGAGUCGCCGCCAACAAUCAAAGUGAAUGAAAAGAAGGGCGGGAUUCGAGGUGUUCUUAAAAAGGGAUCUGUCUUAUUGAACCGAGAUUCGAGCUCCGAGAAUCUCCAAGCAAGUUCAAAAUCUAAGCCUGCUGCGAAACCUCCAUGGGGUAGCAACAAGCCCUCUCAAAGCAGAUUACCAAUUACGCAUAGAAAGGGAGAUGUGCCGGAUAGAGCUUCAAGUUUAUUGCCAUAUCGCGAUGCUCCUAGAGCCCCACGUCGGGGAAGUCCAAACCAUUUCACAUCGCGAGACUUGGGUGAUGUUGGAGGCCCUUCCAUAGUACACGACUCGCCAUCUCGAGGACCGUACGGACCCUUGUAUAAUCGGCGCCGCAAUUCUGUUGUAUCGUUGACUGACACAUUCUCUGUACAUUCUUUUGAAAGUCGGCCAUCAUCCCCAGCAUUUCAAAGAAGUGAGCCUAAGACACAUCUUGGGGUACCACAUCCGGAACCUGGGAAUGAUGUUGACACGCGACAUCCCUCUUCACCAGCGCGAGGUCAUAAUAGGGCGCGAUCAGAGAAUCGCAGUUUAUAUAGUCCAAGCAUUUAUACACUCAAAACUAGAGAUUCUCAAAUGUCUUUAGCGUUAGCUUCGUUCCAUCAAAAGAGCGCAUAUAGCGAUUCGCAAGCCGUGGAUACACUACGACGAACGGGUAUGGUCGACGGGAUGUUCCCGGAGUUUCAUAUUCUUAGAAAUAUCACUCGAUAUAGCCGGUACGCUUCUGCGGCGUAUGGCUCGAACUUCUUGAAAUUUAUGGGGAUUACCAAAGAACUGCCUGCUCUAAAAGCAUUAGACGAGACCCACCAAGAUGUGCGUUCAUUCGCGCACCAUACGGAAUUACCUCCAGAUAGCAUUCUCUUAUCCUCAUUUGUCGACCCGCAAGGUGGUUCGGAUUCAACCGGAUCAACCGAUACAGGAAUACCUCUUGUGCAUACCAUUGCACUCGACGAGGAGUCCAAAGCAGUUGUAUUAUCCUGCCGUGGCACGUUAGGUUUUGAAGAUGUCCUAGCUGACAUGAUGUGCGAGUAUGAUGAUUUACUAUGGCGAGGAGAAAAAUACAAGGUCCACAAGGGCAUCCAUGCAUCUGCGCGGCGACUCUUAUACGGUGGGGAUGGAAGAGUAUUGGCAACUUUAAAAGAGGCUCUCGAGGAAUUUCCGGAUUACGGUCUGGUGCUCUGUGGGCAUUCACUAGGUGGCGCGGUUACUGCGUUACUUGGAGUUAUGCUCGCCGAGCCCGCUUCCACGGGGACGGCAUUUAUCACCUCUUCGGAACCACACCAAAAACUGCUUGCCGACAGCCAAACUCACCGAACUACGUCUCAUAUCUGCCUUCCGCCAGGUAGGCCAAUCCACGUAUAUGCCUACGGCCCACCUGCUACUGUGUCGCCAUCUCUACAAAAGGCGACGCGAGGAUUAAUAACUAGCACGGUGCAUGGAAAUGACCUUGUUCCAUAUCUGUCAUUGGGCGUCUUACACGACUUCCAAGCUGUCGCACUCGCUUUCAAAACGGAUAACUGCGAAGCGAAAGCGGAAGUACGUCGGCGAAUCUGGGAGGGUCUACAAUCUGGACUGGCUAACAAAUGGUACAAUAAUGGGCCGACUCAUUCAAACGAGGAAGAGGACAAGUGGGCAUACGCAGCGCUUAAGACCCUGCGUGCCAGCAUGAUGAGUAAUAAGCUCAUGCCUCCUGGAGAGGUAUUCUCGGUUGAAAGCACACCAGCCUUGAGAAGAGACGCUUUCCUUCAAGCCGGGACGGGUCAGGUGGGAAGGCCUGCAACCCGCGUCGUGUUCAAAUACAUUAGAGAUGUCGAAGCGCACUUUAGAGAAGUUCGGUUCGGCUCUAGUAUGUUGAUGGACCAUAGUCCUGGAAGGUACGAAGACGCUCUUCGACGACUCACGCUGGGCGUAGUAGAUAUAUGAGGAUAUGGUCGGAACGGCUGCGACCCUGAAUCCCUUUGUUUCACAGGCACAUAUUCGAUAUAGCACCGGACUUUCAGGUGCGGCGUGCUGUUACCUCGAGAAGAUAUAUGGUGGUUUAUGUAAAUAUUAAACGAUACCUGUAUAAAAACAUGAUAUGAAUACAAAAAUGUCAUACCAAGGGCCAUAAAAUCUCGCCGAGAAAACUAAUCGACACUUCGAAUUCUAUAUGCCCCAGAGGACACUAGUACGCGUACCCCCAAGUAGGAUCGUAUCUUGCCUAGAAGUGGAGCGGAGCUAAGGUAGGCGGGCGGGCGGUUAAAUAGGGAUAAAUUGGAAGGAAACGGACAUCC